AUGUCAAAAAGAUCAGGAGACUCGAAAAAGCACCAGUAUGUACAAACGAAAGUUGAUUGUGACUGCAGUGAACUAGAAAAUAUAUCGCAACCUGACACCCGCGCACCAGAACUCCCUGUUCUUUUACACAGCAUGCUGUUCACUAACAUCCAACUUGACGACUUCUCGCCAACUCUCACUCGCUUCCUUGAGUGCAUUGAAAUUGAGGGAGCUGAGGAACAUGAGUGGAUCAUGAUGGCAGUCGUGAAUAUCAGUGCCAUGCUUGAAUAUGGACGUCCGAGCAGUGUGCUGCACAAGAUCGGUGGUGUAGGUGCUCGUGGCACUGGUGCAAGCGGUCCAGCUGUGAAAGUUGUCAAGAAGUGUCAUGCUGCGCCUGCAUUCCAUGAAGAAGACAGUGAAGAAAAAUGCAUGGACAUGGAUGACGAAGGUGAUCCACAGGCAUCUCCAGCUCUAUCAGACACACAUACGGCUGUGGAACUGUUGGUGUCAUUCAAACUAGCGCUGGAACUUGUGUUUCGAUGCUGUGUUUGGCAGCGUCGGACGACAUCAUGCCUGCGGCUCAUUGAAUUUGUGUGCCUUUCAGCUUCUAGCUCAGCGAGGGGUGUCGGGUGUCUCAUCCAGCGCCGAUCAGAGAUGAUCAAUAAGAAUUGA